AUGAAGGAGGACCGACUCCGUCAGCACUUUGGGCAAAGGGGCGAGGUCACCGAUGUCAAAAUCAUGAAGACCGCCGAUGGGAGAUCGCGAUUGUUUGGUUUCAUCGGCUUCCGGACGGAGAAGGAGGCUAAGGCCGCCAUGAACUUCUUCAACAACACCUUCAUCGACACAUCCAAGAUCAGCGUCGAGAUGGCUCGCCCGGUGGGCGACACUGCGCUGCCGCGUCCGUGGAGUAAGUACUCCAAGGGCAGCUCGCUCCACGAGCAGAAAGAGCAAAAGAAGAAGGAGGUGGAGGAGAAGAAGGAGAAGGCGCUGGACCGAAAGAGGAAGUGGAAGGACAUCCUCGACGUCAAGGAGGAGCUCGCCAAGAGCGACCCACAGCUGCUCACGGACUUCUUGUCGUCGUCCAAGUCCAGGCAAUCGGCGGACGCGCGCAAGGUGUGGGCCAACGAUCUCCUGCUGCCCACGCCCGGCACCGAGCUCGCAUCCAAGCAGCCCGUCGUCAAGCAGGUGAAGAAGAGGAAGCUGGAGGAGGGCGAGACGGUGAAGGAGGUGGUGCUGGCCGUGCGCAACAGGAAGACCGGCGGCGAGGGCCAGCUCAUGAAGAAGACGCACCUCAAGUUUGGCGAUUCGGACGGGUCCGACAGCGACGAGAUGUACGAGGACAUGCCCGCGGCGGCUGCUGCUGUCGAUGCCGCACCGGGCGGCGAGGCCCUGCCGACCAUCUCCGUCGGCGAUCUCAUGCGAUUAGAGAAUAACGACGACGACGAUGGAGACGAUGACGACGAUGACAAUGUUCAGAGCAAGGACGACGAAGACGAUGACGAUGAAGAAGAAGACGAUGAAGAUGAAGUAACGGAGAAAAAGGAAAAGAAGGUAAAGACAGAGAAGAAAGAGAAGAAAGAGAAGAAGAACGAAAAGGAAGAGAAAGAGGAAGAGAAGAAAGAAGAGGAGCAGGUGGAGGAGCAGGAUGACACGGGGCGGCUGUUCGUGCGCAACCUGCCGUUCUCGGCGUCGGAGGACGACCUCUACAAGCUCUUCAAGAAGCACGGCGACAUCUCCGAGGUGCACAUCCCGAUCGACAGGGAGACCAAGAAGCCGCGCGGCAUGGCCUAUGUCACCUUCAUGCUGCCCGAGGUCGCCGCCCAGGCCCACGCCGCCCUCGACGGCUCCAUUUUCCAGGGUCGUCUGCUGCAUAUUAUGCCGGCCAAGAUGGCGCCUGUGCGACCGGCCCCGGAGAAGGACGACGGGGAGGCGACGUCGUUCCGCAAGAAGAAGGAGCAGAAACUCAAGGAGUCCAGCUCGUCUUCCCACAACUGGAAUCCCUUCUUCAUGAAGACGGACGCGGUGUUGGAUGCGGUGGCAGCCAAUCUGGGCGUGACGAAGCAGGAGAUCCUCAACCCCGAGGACGGCAACAUGUCCACGCGAGUGGCCAUUGCCGAGACCCGCAUCAUCAGCGAGACCAAGGCCUACCUCAAGAAUGAGGGGAUCAACAUGGAGGGGAUUACGGCGAUCAUGGCGGCCGAGGGCAAGGUGGAACGAAGCAAGACGAUGAUCCUGGUCAAGAACAUCCCCCACCAGACCAAGCUCGAAGAGCUCCGCGACAUGUUCUCCAAAUUCGGCAGCGUCUCCAGGGUAAUCCUGCCGCCGGCGCGUACCCUGGCGCUGAUCGAGUACCUGGAGCCGAGCGAGGCGCGGCGCGGGUUCAAGAACCUGGCCUACACCAAGUUCCACCACGUGCCGCUCUAUCUCGAGUGGGCGCCGCUCGCCAUCAUCGGUCAGAAGCCCGACAAGCCCGAAUCGCUCGAAGACGCCGACGACGAUGACGACGACGACGCCCCGAUCAAGACCACCGUCACAGACAAGAGCAAGCUGCUGGAGGCCGAGGAAAUGGAGCGGCUGGAGGGCACGACGCUCUACGUGAAGAACCUCAACUUCAAGACGACGGACGACGGCCUGCGGACGAUGUUCGAGAAGGUGGCGCCGGUGCGAAGCGUGACGGUGGCCAAGCGGAAGGACGUCAAGAAGGGCGGCCAGAUGAUCUCGCUGGGCUACGGCUUCGUCGAGUUCGUCAAGCGCGACGGCGCGCUCAAGGCCAUCAAGCAGCUGCAGGGCAAGCAGCUCGACAACCACGCGCUGGAGAUCACCUUUGCCAAGGGCGGGCGCAAGGCCGACACCAAGCAGCAGAGCAACAAGCGCAAGGCCGCGCAGGGCACCCAGAUGAAGCCCACCUGCACCAUCCUCGUCAAGAACGUCGCCUUCGAGGCCACCAAGGCCGAAAUCCGUGAGCUCUUUGCGACGUUCGGGCAGCUCAAGAGCGUGCGAGUGCCGAAGAAGAUGGACGGCCGCGCCCGCGGUUUCGCGUUCGUGGACUUCAUCACGAAGCAGGAGGCCAAGAACGCCUUCCAGAGCCUGCAGGACACUCAUCUCUACGGCAGACAUCUGGUGCUCGAGUUUGUGCAGAACAGCACGGCCUCGCAGCAGAACCAGACCACUUCUACCGAGGGCGAGAGAUGA